AUGGGUCGACCGCACUUGGUGCAAACCCAGCGUCCCGCUCGACCUCCAUUUCAGCAUGAUGAAGCACAUCUUCCUUUGACCGUUCCGCGACGGACUCAGAUCCGUAUGCCUCUGCCCGACGAUGAUCCAUUGUUUACAGCACUGUUCGUCCUAAAAGACGAUGUACCCACCAAUAUGAUCAAUGAUUAUCUGCAAAAAGUGAUUAAACACUCGAAUGUCUACAAUCUAUGGCUUGCAGAUAUGGACCCGCAGAACCUGACCGAGGAUGACGAAGACGCCACAAUCCCACCAGUUGAUCCAACAUGGCAAUCGCCAUUUGUUGGCAAAACAAGUGAAGAAGCUUUUGAGUACCUUGCCACAAUCCCACUUCAAAUGGCUCUUAACAGAGGAUAUCUCGUUGUCCUGGACAGAGCACUCUACGAGCAAAAAGACUGGGUUAUAAUUUAUCGUAUCAAUGAAGAGGGAGAAAUCACGUGCAUACCUUGCACUGCACACAUGACGCUGGUGUAUAUCGAUUCGUACCUCUGGCAUCGUUAG